UGUACGCUCGGUGGCGGGGCUGGCCUGCCGGCGCCUGGAGCUCAGGGGCGGAAACUGCGCGGGCCGUGGAGCCUUAGCUGAGGUAUCCAGAGGAGGAGCUCGGUACCUGGCGAGGGUCAGGCCCUCGGGGCCCGGCCUGAGACGGGGAAGGGGCUCUAGAGCUGCGGGGCGGCAAGAUGACUUCUCUGCUCCGACAUUGGAACAGCUGAAGGUUGGAACCACAGGACAAGAUGAGAACCACAAAGGUCUACAAACUUGUCAUCCACAAGAAGGGCUUCGGGGGCAGUGAUGAUGAGCUAGUGGUGAAUCCCAAAGUAUUCCCUCACAUUAAGCUUGGAGACAUUGUGGAGAUUGCUCACCCCAAUGAUGAGUACAGCCCUCUGCUUUUGCAAGUCAAGUCACUUAAGGAAGAUUUACAGAAAGAAACUAUCAGUGUGGACCAGACUGUGACUCAAGUAUUCCGGCUUAGACCUUAUCAAGAUGUCUAUGUGAAUGUUGUAGACCCCAAGGAUGUGACCCUUGACCUAGUGGAAUUAACUUUUAAGGAUCAAUAUAUUGGCCGAGGGGAUAUGUGGCGACUAAAGAAGAGUUUGGUGAGCACAUGUGCUUAUAUCACCCAGAAGGUAGAAUUUGCUGGUAUCAGGGCACAGGCUGGUGAGCUGUGGGUAAAGAAUGAGAAAGUCAUGUGUGGUUAUAUCAGUGAAGAUACCAGGGUGGUCUUCCGUUCUACGUCAGCUAUGGUUUACAUAUUUAUUCAGAUGAGCUGUGAAAUGUGGGAUUUUGAUAUUUAUGGAGAUCUGUAUUUUGAGAAAGCUGUGAAUGGUUUCCUUGCUGAUUUGUUUACGAAGUGGAAGGAGAAGAACUGUAGUCACGAAGUAACAGUGGUCCUGUUUUCUCGAACUUUCUAUGAUGCAAAAUCAAUUGAUGAAUUUCCUGAAAUAAACCGAGCCUCAAUUCAACAGGAUCAUAAAGGGCGAUUCUAUGAAGACUUCUACAAAGUGGUGGUACAGAAUGAGAGAAGGGAAGAAUGGACUUCACUCCUCGUGACCAUUAAAAAGCUCUUCAUCCAGUAUCCAGUGUUGGUGCGACUGGAACAGGCAGAGGGCUUUCCUCAAGGAGAAAAUUCUACCUCAGCCCAAGGAAACUACCUGGAGGCCAUCAACCUUUCCUUUAAUGUGUUUGACAAGCAUUACAUCAACCGUAACUUCGACCGAACUGGGCAGAUGUCUGUGGUGAUCACACCAGGAGUGGGUGUUUUUGAAGUGGACCGCUUACUCAUGAUCUUGACCAAGCAGCGGAUGAUAGAUAAUGGAAUUGGUGUAGACUUGGUUUGUAUGGGAGAACAACCAUUACAUGCUGUCCCAUUGUUCAAGCUACACAAUCGGAGUGUUCCUCGGGAUACUCGCCUUGGCGAUGACUAUAAUAUUCCUCACUGGAUAAACCACAGUUUCUACACAUCAAAAAGCCAGCUCUUUUGUAACAGCUUCACUCCACGAAUAAAACUGGCAGGAAAGAAGCCUGCCUCUGAGAAAGCAAAAAAUGGCCGUGAUACAUCUCUCGGGACUCCAAAAGAAUCUGAUAACGCCCUUCCCAUCCAAGUAGAUUAUGAUGCCUAUGAUGCCCAAGUAUUCAGGUUGCCUGGCCCAUCCAGGGCUCAGCGCCUCGCCACCUGCAGGUUUUCUACCAGAUUCGCUUGGGGAUGCAUGUCAGUGCGGGAGCGAGAGAAUCAUCACUGGAAAAGCAUCAGCUCCUGUGACGUUUCAUCUAGCCCUUCCCUGCAGAACCGUGCACUGCCCACAGAGGAAGUAAGGAGUCAGGCUUCUGAUGACAGCUCCCUGGGCAAGAGUGCCAACAUCUUGAUGAUUCCACAUCCUCACCUGCACCAGUAUGAAGUCAGCAGCUCCUUGGGCUACACCAGCACCCGAGAUGUCCUAGAGAACAUGAUGGAGCCACCACAGCGGGACUCCAGCGCACCAGGGAGGUUCCACGUGGGCAGUGCAGAGUCCAUGCUUCAUGUUCGACCUGGUCUCUACACACCCCAGCGAGCACUGAUUAAUCCCUUUGCCCCCUCACGAAUGCCCAUGAAACUCACAUCUAACAGAAGGCGCUGGAUGCAUACGUUUCCUGUGGGACCAUCCGGAGAGGCUAUCCAGAUCCAUCAUCAGACCCGGCAGAAUAUGGCGGAGCUGCAGGGCAGCGGGCAGAGGGACCUAACUCACUCUUCUGCAGAGCUGUUGGAGUUAGCCUAUCAUGAAGCUGCUGGAAGGCACAGCACUUCCCGCCAGCCUGGUGACGGCAUGUCCUUCUUGAACUUCAGUGCAACGGAAGAGCUUUCUGUCAGCCUGCUUAGCAACAGUGGUGCAGGUAUGAAUCCUAGGACCCAGAACAAGGACUCUCUAGAGGACAAUGUUUCUACUUCUCCUGACCCAAUGCCAGGCUUCUGUUGCACAGUUGGAGUGGACUGGAAGUCUCUCACUACUCCGGCGUGCCUCCCCCUCACCACCGACUACUUCCCUGACCGCCAGGGCCUGCAGAAUGACUACACGGAGGGCUGCUAUGAUCUCCUCCCAGAAGCAGACAUGGACAGGAGGGAUGAGGAGGGUGUGCAGAUGACAGCCCAGCAGGUGUUUGAAGAGUUCAUUUGCCAGCGGCUCAUGCAGGGCUACCAAAUUAUAGUGCAACCCAAGGCCCAGAAACCCAACCCAGCUGUCCCACCUCCCCUGAGCAGUAGCCCACUCUAUAGCCGAGGCCUUGUGUCCCGAAACCGCCCCGAAGAAGAAGAUCAGUAUUGGCUGAGUAUGGGUAGAACUUUCCACAAAGUGACCCUGAAAGACAAGAUGAUCACAGUGACUCGGUACCUUCCCAAGUACCCUUAUGAAUCUGCCCAGAUCCACUACACAUACAGCCUGUGCCCUUCCCACUCAGACUCAGAGUUCGUCUCCUGUUGGGUGGAAUUCUCCCAUGAGCGACUAGAGGAGUACAAGUGGAACUACUUAGAUCAGUAUAUUUGUUCUGCUGGUUCUGAAGAUUUCAGUUUAAUUGAAUCUCUGAAGUUCUGGAGAACCCGCUUCUUGCUCCUGCCAGCCUGUGUCACUGCCACCAAGCGCAUCACAGAGGGGGAGGUCCACUGCGACAUCUAUGGCGACAGGCCGCGUGCAGAUGAGGAUGAGUGGCAGCUCCUGGACGGCUUUAUCCGCUUUGUGGAGGGCUUGAACCGGAUCCGCAGGCGUCAUCGCUCAGACCGCAUGAUGCGGAAAGGGACCACCAUGAAAGGCUUGCAGAUGCCUGGGCCCAUUUCUACGCACUCUCUCGAGUCAACAGCCCCUUCAGUUGUGAAGAAGGGAACCUCAGCUCUGUCUGCCCUGCUGGAGAUGGAGGCCAGUCAGAAGUGCCUAGGAGAACAGCAGGCAGCUGCUCAUGGGGGGAAGAGCUCCACCCAGCCAGCAGAGAGCAGCAGCAUUGCCAUGACUCCCACUUACAUGGACAGCCCACGAAAGGAUGGGGCCUUCUUUAUGGAGUUUGUCCGCAGCCCACGCACAGCAUCGUCUGCCUUCUACCCUCAGGCAUCUCUGGACCAAACAGUUGCUCCAUUGUUGGAUGGCACCACUUUGGGGGUAAGCACAAGCCAAUCUGUGGACAGAGGAAGCAGCCAGACCUAUGGGAGUUCCCAGAACUUAGGAGAUCAAUCCUUCCCCGCUGCAAACCCCAGUGAUAGCAGCUCUCAGCAGCAGACGACAAGCUGUUUGACAUCAUCUUCCACUCUAGUGGAGAUCCUGGAAGCCAUGAAGCACCCCUCGACAGGAGUCCAGCUGCUCUCUGAACAGAAAGGCCUCUCACCAUGCUGCUUCGUCAGUGCCGAGGGGGUGCAUUGGCUGAUGAACAACGUAGAGGGGGUGCAGACACAGGCAAUGGCCAUUGACAUCAUGCAGAAAAUGCUGGAAGAGCAGCUCAUUGCGCAUGCUUCUGGUGAAGCCUGGCGGACCUUCAUCUACGGCUUCUAUUUCUACAAGAUAGUGAUGGACAGAGAGCCGGACCGAGUGGCCAUGCAGCAGCCCGCUGCCACCUGGCACACGGCAGGGGUGGAUGACUUCGCCAGCUUCCAGCGCAAGUGGUUUGAGGUGGCCUUUGUGGCAGAAGAGCUCUUACACUCGGAGAUUCCCGCCUUUCUCCUGCCGUGGCUCCCCAGCCGGCCAGCCUCCUAUGCAAGCAGACACAGCUCCUUCAGCCGCAGUUUUGGAGGACGCAGUCAGGCAGCUGCACUUUUAGCCGCCACCGUCCCUGAGCAGAGGACUGUGACCCUGGAUGUUGACGUGAACAACCGCACGGACCGGCUGGAGUGGUGCAGCUGUUAUUACCAUGGCAACUUCUCUCUGAAUGCAGCCUUUGAGAUCAAGCUGCACUGGAUGGCCGUGACUGCUGCCGUGCUCUUUGAGAUGGUCCAAGGUUGGCAUCGGAAAGCUACCUCCUGUGGCUUUUUGUUGGUCCCCGUUUUAGAAGGUCCUUUCGCGCUGCCCAGUUAUCUGUAUGGUGACCCCCUUCGGGCCCAGCUCUUCAUCCCACUCAACAUCAGCUGUUUGCUCAAGGAAGGCAGCGAGCAUCUGUUUGACAGCUUUGAACCAGAAACAUAUUGGGACCGCAUGCACCUCUUCCAGGAAGCCAUUGCCCACAGGUUUGGGUUUGUCCAAGAUAAAUAUUCUGCCUCUGCUUUUAACUUCCCUGCUGAAAACAAGCCUCAGUACAUCCACGUGACAGGCACAGUGUUCCUGCAGCUGCCCUACUCCAAGCGCAAAUUCUCCGGGCAGCAGCGCCGCCGGCGGAACUCCACCAGCUCCACCAACCAGAACAUGUUUUGUGAGGAGAGGGUGGGCUACAACUGGGCCUACAACACCAUGCUGACCAAGACAUGGCGCUCCAGUGCCACAGGGGAUGAGAAGUUUGCCGAUCGGCUGUUGAAAGACUUCACAGACUUCUGCAUCAACCGGGACAACCGGCUGGUCCUGUUCUGGACAAGUUGUCUGGAGAAGAUGCACGCCAGCGCCCCAUGAAGCCCCAGACUCAGGAAGCCAUGUGUGUGUGUAUGUGUGUGUGUGUGUGUGCGCGCGCACGCGUGCCUGUAUGUGCCUGUGCCUGGAGGGUGGGGGGGUAAGGAUUUCUGUCAGGCUCUCAGUGUCCAGGAGUGGGGCCUAUUGCUUUCUUUCUGGUCCUCACACAAGUGUUUUCUCAAGGAGAAAGACUUGGGAAGCAACUGGUACCAUGACUGCCACCCAUGUCCUCGACAGCAAGUACCCAGUGCAAGUGGGAGGCACAGAUUGUCCGUAGGAGGGCUUCAGUGUCUGGGAAAGAGGGCACGCAGCCUCCGUGAAUGUCUCUGGAGAAGGGUUGGCUCCCAUUAGCAUCCUUUUCCUCCAACACCCAUGGAAAACUAGGACCUGAAUCUGCUGCUUUUUAUCCUAGGAGUUUGCACCAUGUGUAAGAUAAUCCUGUGAAAUAAUGUGCCAUACACUCACGCCUGUUGUAUAUAUCUGUACAGAGCCGGAAGCAAAUAAAGCAUCUCCCGUCCCAACUCA